AUGGUCUGCAAAACUCUUUUCACAGUCCUGAAAUACCUCCUGGUUCCUGCUGCUGUUGCUUUGCUGAUAAGUACCUGUGUUUUGAUAUGGCUUAACACCCAACGCACUCCACAGUGCCCUGCUCAACAGGUAAACUCAGACCAUCCGGCCACCCACAAUGAGCGCAGCGCUGUCUUUGCUGACCUCUCAGCAGAAGAGAUUCUUCAGGUGCGUGACUACAUGACCAAGAUCCCAGGGGAGAACAUCACAUUUGAUCCAUUUUCCCAUCCUUCAUCUGACUACCUGUAUAUGAUCGAGCUCUCCCUGCCUAAAAAACAGGAUGUUUUGAGCUAUCUGGAUGACAACGGGCCAAAACCAACAAGAGAGGCAACUGCAGUGGUUUAUCAUGGCAGUGAGAAUACCAUAAAGGAAUAUGUUGUUGGCCCACUACCCAACCCAACCAACCACCGAGAUGUGACUAUUGAGAGAUACAAACGGGAGAUCCCUUUAACUGCACGUCCGAUUAAUACUGCGGAACGCAUUUAUUUACAAGUUUUUUUGAAGAUUGUACUCGAUAAAGUAAGUGCACUCAUGAAUGAAAGCUUCGGUUUGACUCCAUCAUCACACCUGGCUAGUUAUGAAAGCAUGCCCAAAGGGGUCAAGUCAGGAGACCGACAGACCUGGUUCUCACUUUGUCGAAAUGAAGAGGGCUUUUACCUUCAUCAUGUCGGCUUUGAGAUAUUGGUCAACCACCAAAGCACAGAUUCUUUUAAGUGGCGUGUGAUGAAAGUGCUUUAUAAUGGUCAGUACUUUGAUAGUGUAAAUGAACUGAAGGAGAAAUACGAGGCAGGGAGUGUGAGGAAAAUCAUCUACAACCCUGUACCAAAUUAUGCAUCACUCAAACCCAGGAAGAAACCCACAGGAGUUGGACCCCAACAGUUUUAUGUACAAGGCAAACGAUUCAGUGUAGAGAAAAACAACAUUGUUUACCGUGACUGGAGUUUUGCAUUUGGACUAAAUACCCUCAGAGGCAUGAGAGUGUUUGAUGUUCGUUUCAGAGGGGAGAGGAUCAUCUAUGAACUGAGCGUUCAAGAUGCCAUGUCAGUGUAUGGGUCAGCCACUCCAAAUCUCAUGCUCACCAAGUUCCUUGAUGGCAGCCUUGGCAUUGGCGCAUGUAACUAUGAGUUGGCCAGGGGUGUCGACUGCCCCUAUUCAGCCACCUACAUAGACACUACGCAUUACAUGGACAGUGGUGCUCCACGCAUGCUCAGAAACUCGAUUUGUGUCUUUGAGCAUGACAUGGGUAAACCUCUACGGAGGCACUUCUCUGAGAUUGUCUUCCACAGUUAUGGAGGACUUGCUGACAUUGCUCUGGUGUUCAGGACAAUCACAGCUAUCGGAAACUAUGACUACGUCUGGGAUUUUGUGUUCUACCAAAGCGGCUCAGUGGAGGCCAAAGUUCGCGCCACUGGCUUCAUUGCAUCUUCUUUCAAAGUGGAUGAUAAUUUCCAAUUUGGUCACCAAGUGGCAGAAAACAUUACUGGAAAUAUCCACACCCAUUUCAUUAACUUAAAGGCGGAUCUUGAUGUUUUAGGAGUAAAGAAUGUGUUCCAGACCAAAGACAUGGAGUAUGUGAAUGUCUCUCUUCCCUGGAUGCCUGAACAUUAUACCAUGAUCCCUCGGUUGGUGGAGAAACAACAUAAUACAGAGCAGGAGGCAGCAAUGCGUUACGAUACCAAGACUCCACGUUACCUCCACAUUGCAAGCAGCCAGACCAACCGCUGGGGUCACCAGCGUACCUACAGGCUGCAGGUGUCCAGCAACCCAGGAGAUCACCUCCCAGAGAGCCAACCACAGGAAAAGUCCAUGUCCUGGGCCAGGUAUAAGGUUGCCAUAACUAAACAUAAGGACCUGGAACGGAAUAGCGGUAGCUUAUACAAUCAACAGGACAUGUGGAAUCCAGCUGUUGACUUCAGCAAGUACAUUGAAGAUAAUGAAAACAUUGAAAAUGAGGACCUGGUUGCCUGGGUGACCGCCGGUUUCCUCCACAUCCCGCAUGCAGAGGACAUCCCCAACACUGUGACAGUGGGCAAUGGAGGUGGGGUCCUGCUGCGCCCUCACAACUACUUUGAUGAGGACCCAUCCAUCCACUCUGCUGAUGGAGUGUACAUUGAGCCUGGAAAAGAGGACAGCUGUGACAACAACAGGGUGGCCUGCCUUGCUCAAGAGACCUGCAGCCCUGUCUUUGAACCCUUCACCUACCAUGGCUUCAAUUAA